GUAAAAAAUAAUUUAUUGUUAUUUUCCCAUUUUCUCAAGGAAUAAUCUUAAAUUAUGUGUAUAGUUUUCGGUUAAAAAGUGGUAAAAAUACGAAGAUUUCGAUUCAACUUUAUUGAGGACUUCAGAACCAUGGACCCGUAUGGGAGUGUACCGGUCUUUAUAGACGUGGAACGAGCACCCGACCGGUAUAUUCUUGCCCAAGGAAUAUGCCAGAACCUGAUUCAAGACAAAGUGGAGACCAGCACCGGGGAAAGCCACGCAUAUGAUUCAGGAACAAGCCAGUUCCCUCCAACGGCGCAUCAACCAACUCAAGCUUCAAGCCAAGCUUUGGCUUCAAGCCAAGAAAUGCCGGCAACUCAAAAUGAAGCCGGUCAAAGUGAAGCUAAAAAGCCGAGUGGGAGGAAGGCUGCGUCAGAGAAAGCGGACGAGGCAGACUUGGCGCCGGUGCCGCGUCGGAUACGGUGCCCUGAGUGUCAGCGCUACACCGCAGAAAACGAGGAAAAAAUGCUACGUCACAUAAAAAAGGUCCAUAAAGGCGAAAACCCCUUCCAAUGCUACAUGUGCGACUACAGCACAUACAAUAAAAGUCUAUUCGAGGAACACGUUCGCAUCCACCAAGGAAUUAAACCCUUCAAAUGCUCCCAAUGCGAUUACAAGAGCGCAUCAAAGAAAAACUUAAAGAAACACGAAUUGAUCCAUAGACCAAACAACCCACUGAAAUGUAAGCAAUGCGAUUUCAUAGGCAGACAUUCAAAAGCCCUCAAAAGACACGAAGAAACUCACACGGACGCUGAUUGGCUAAAAUUUGACAGCUGCAAAUUCCAAUUUCAAGAUUUGGUCGCGUUCAAAAAACACGAACGCACCCAUAAGUUUAAAUGUAAAGAUUGCGAUUUCAAAAGCUGUUCGAGGCCGUUUUUAAAACGGCAUAUGGUUAAAGAGCACGGUGUGGCAGACGAUAAUGUCAAAUGGGGCAGUUUUAACUGUCAGAUCUGUGGUUGGACUUCUAGUGCGAUGGCGAAGAUUUUGCUGCAUUUGAUACAUCACCCUAAGCAGGAGGUUGAUGAAAGUGUUAUAGAUAUAAGUAUUUUGAGGAAGCAUGGUAUAAUGGGGUGAGAUC